GCAAGUUUCCUCUGCACCGGCCGCUGGACUUCGGUGCGUGCCCCUAUCUUUCAAACCGGCUGCGAGACGGGAGAAGAAGGACAACGAGGUGCUGUUAGGAGGUAACGAGGGCGACGAGAGCGUUGCUGGCGUGCUUCCCGCAGGAGAUGAUAUCGUCGGCAAGCCCUAGGCCUCCUGCAGCAGGUACCGGCUGUGUCUGCCAUCUGUACGGGAUACGCGCAGGGCCAUGGUGUGAUGCAUGCUCUGUCGGACGGACAAUGCAGCUGGGAGCUGGGAGAAAAGGACGGUGAUAAGGCUGCUUGCGUCCGGCCCUCUUCGUCUGCGACCGGCUGGGAAGCUAGCGCUGCAACCUUCUCGCAGCUCUGGUGUCCGACCUCCAAGUCGUUGCUUCAGCUUGCCUGCCCUCAGAUACUUGCCGAACACGAGGUUCCCCACACUACCUUCAUGAGCGAGAGCUCUCCUUUGCGUCCACGGCGCCUCGACUGCUGCAGCUACGGCACGACCACGGUCCUUCGAGCGAGACAGACAGUACGAAGCUCGCUGCAUGAAUCGCCCCAGACUGCUGGAAUUGAACCGUGGGCAACUGCAGCAGUCUCAGCCAGGGCCAGGAACGUGCUCGACACCUCCCUAGCCAUUGGCAUCUGUGUCGGCCGUCUGCGAUGGGGCGUAAUGGACGGGAAAGAAGUGGAAGCUUUGGUUGCCAGAGGAUUGCUGUGUUGUCCCGCGAUCAUCAACCCGAACACGACACUCAUAUGCUUGGGGCAAGAUUGACCUGCCACAAGCUGAGCCCAGGCCGGUUUCAGGCUGAGUUGAACAUGCACGCAAGAAGUUUGAGGAUUGCAAAACAGAGGCUCUGAAAGCUGUGUGACAGCUAAGUCCCACGCAGUUCAACCGUCUACCUUCCACUGUUGCCUAGUCCAUCAAAGCUGCCUGUUUCUACACUUCUCGCCCCAAUCUCCUUGUCGUCUGGAGAUGAGGUAUUCUUGCGGCAAUGAAGAUCGCUAGGGCGCAUAGAUGGAUGUGUCGCCGUGCUUGAAUGAGGAAUAAUGAGGCGGUCGAGCUGGUGGAAUCUUCGCAAGAACAGUGAUCUUGCGCUGCAUUGGCAGGGAGGUUUCAUCCCACUCGACAAUGAUGGCCUCACAAAAGAGUCUGCCAGACGGAGGAUGUGGAUUCUGUAUCUGUUCGUUGUGGCAGCAGUCACAGCCCAUUUGUCCGACCAAGUACUGAGCAGCCAUGGUGUUCUCGCUACAUUCCAAGCUGCUAUCUCAGCCCCCAACAGAAUAUUCCAACGUGGUAUUGAUAUUGCCGGUAGAUAAAUACAAUCAAUGUCAUAUUGGUAUAUGAAUAUA